AUGCAAAGACAAAACGAUACUUUUUUGGUGCUGAAUUGCACGUGCGUUAAAAUUAAUGAACGCAGAUUAUUUUUCCUUAUUCGUGAAUAAAUUUCAUACACCCAUGAAUUUAUGGAUACAAUUUGAUUUACAGAGUUGAAUCAGCUAAAUAUUUGGUUUUUGAGAAUAUUUGGAAAUUUAAGGACUUUUCGAAGUUUAAUUGCUUUAAAUCGCCAAAACUUUGAUCUGUUUAUUCUAACUUUUGGUAGAAAAGUGACUUCUGACUCAUUGCAGAGAGACUUAGAAUGUCAUUGGUGGCGCAAACUCCUCCCGCGUCUAGCGGCGGAGUCAAAAGUCGGGCUCAAAGUGGCGGCGCUUUAGGCGAAAGUCGGAAAUCAUCUCGCAACAACACAGCCAGUAGUCACAGACAAAGUCGUGUGUCGUUUCCGGCGACACAAUCGGCUCUCAGUUUGCGAACGAACGAGGAUGACGGGAUAGAUAUGACAGGCGGGAAGAAUCCUUUUAUUAUGCCGGUGGAUACAGAUGUGUUUCUAAUGCGCGAUCGGGAACGCCAGAAGGAAAAACACGAGAAGGCGAAGCUGAAAACUUUGAAAGUGCACGAGAAGUUGACAUAUGCUGCUAAAGUGGGCACCAAAGCAGCAGCUAAGCGAAGGGAAGCUAUGCAAGCACUAAAAGAACAAGCAGACCAGGAGUGUGGCAUGGGUGGGGAACAGGGGGACUACGCACUGGCAGUGGCCAAAGAGAUGAGCAUAGAGAAGGAGUCCCUGCCUGAGUACAUAGCGAAGAAGAGGGAGAUGUUUCUGGUGCAGUACUCUCUAGGUGUGAAGCGUGACGAGAUGAGGAAGUUGGAGCAGAUAGCACUCGCCGAGGAGAAGAAGCUCGAGGCGGCCGAGAAGUUCCUCGAGCAAGACGCGCAGCAGUUUGACGAAUUCCUUCAGGAAAACGACAAAAACUCAGUUCAGGCAAUCAAAGUAGCGGAACAGGAACAACGUGAAAAACAGGCGAAACAAGAGGAGAUCAAAAAAACAUCGGCCAAAAUAGCCCAACUGAGGAGCGAAAUUUCAAAGCAAGAGGAAACCCUCAAAGAAUACACUCUGUACAAAACAUUUCUCGACAAAUUAACACCUAAAGAGUGGCUAGAGGCGAAUUCGAACUCGGAAGACGUGAAGCUUUACUUCACUUCGCCCCAACAGUUGUUAAAUAUUUUUGGAGAGCUUGAGGAACAGAAUUUGACUUUGAUUCAGAACUCGCAAGAGACGGAAGAGUCAUUAGAGGAGAUGAAACAACAAUUAGCUCAAACGAUGGCGAAAAUGAACAGCGAGACGGAUGCUCUGAAGAAGCAAAUAGACGAGUUAAACGUCGCGAUAGAGGAAGAGGAGGAAAAGGCGAGGGACCUGGAACUGAGAGCCAGAAUGUUCUCCAGUGGGGAUGCUAUGAAGGAGGAGGACCAGGAGAGUCUGCUGGUGGACUUGAACAAGAAGGUCGAGACUGUAUACAGGCACUGCAUUGGUGAGAACGAGGCAAAUCUGAGUACACUGGCGAUGUUGACAGCUAUUGAGAAUAGACUGGAGGAGUUGUUCCAGCAGAUAGAGACGAUGCCGGCAGACAAGGUGGCCGCGGCUGAGAAGGACAAGGAACAGGAGCGGCGGAAGAAGGCGAGAGAGAUGAAACUCGAGAGGGACAGGAAGCAUCAAGAGGAGAGAACAAGGAAGGCACUUCAGAGGGCGAAUGAGGAGCCGAAGAAACAGGUGGGCAAGAAACUUGUGUUCCGCUCCCAGCCUCUGGACACAGACCAGCACGACGACGAACUAGACGCAGAAGCGAACAGAGAGGAAGAAGAAAUGCGAUACUUUUUCCAGUGGUGAUCUAAAAACCAUCCAAAAAAAAACGAGAAAGUUUUCAAAAUCAGGGACAAAAAUGUUCUCUAUACUCUGUUCUAAUGUUUCUUUUAACUUACAAACUGCAUACUUCUUAAUCAUGAAUAGAUUAAAUUGCAAACAUAAAUAGCGAACAAUAAAAUUUACGCAUAUUUUUGAUAAAUCGUUUGAUCAAAUUCAAUUCGCUAUAUAAAUUCAGUUUAAAAUGUAACACAUUCUAUUCUGCCAUUGAUUUUCCAGAUACUUGUUCUAAAAACAG